UGUAUUUAUUAGCAGAUAUGAAACUAAACUAGUUACAUAUAAUUAUUUAGUGCAAUUAAUGUGAUUUUUUUAACUCGUGUUUCUUAAUGAUGAUAUGCGGUAAAAUUUUAAAUAACUCACAAGGACAGCUCAAAUUAUUGAAAUAUGUACACAACAAUGAUAUCAGAUCCAUUGAAAGGAUUGUCCACAGGCACAGCAAUUUAUUGUCAGCAAAGUACCAUCAACCGCACGAAGAACAUCCUAUUUUAAUUCUAGCCUGUAACGAUCCAAAUGUUAAAGGUGAGACUAUUGCGAAAUUAAUAGAAUUGGGAGCUUCCUGCACCGAACCCACGGAAAAUGACCACUGGGAAGCUAUCCAUUAUGCGGCCAUUCAAGGUGAUAAAGAUAAACUGAGGGCAAUCAUUAAACACUUAACAACAGAACAAGCCAACUCUUUGGUGUAUUGUUCAACCCAUGUACCAAGGAAAUUUCGUUUGGCCAAUAAAAAUGUGAAGAAAAGUUACUCAAAUAACGCCUUAAAUAUCCUUUUGAAGUAUGCAAGACGAAAUGAAUCAUUUCUUGAAUGCUGUCAGCAGCUGAUUGAUAAAGGAGUUCGAGUGCAUCAAGCUGAUUCCAACGGAGUUAGCCCACUUGAUUUGCUGAAGAACGAAGAUAAGUUAAUUGCUUCCAGGUUGGUCCAUUCUCAACAAAGUGAAAGUUUCACAAAGGACGCUAUUUUUGCACUAGUUAUGUUUAACAAAGAGGAAGAAUUUCUACUAAAAGAUUUCAGCCAAGAAGAAGUCAACGGGUUGGAUGGUUCGGAUGAAAACUUUUCCAGCUGUACCCUAAUGCAAAUGUGUUGUGCUAAGGGACUUACAUCUUGCGUGAAACAUAUCUUAAGCAAAGGGGCUUCUCCUAAUAAGACAAUUCGAAAAAAUGAAACCUCGCCCAUUAUGAUAGCAAUUAAGGAAGAUCAUGAAGAAAUAGUCGAGCUAUUCUUAGAUAAUCCAGGAAUUGAAUUACCGGAAGACAUUUUGAUAAAAAUGCAAACUAAAUACAAACACAUGAAGAAUGUUGGCAGAAUAGAUAAAUAUAUGACAUUAGUUCUAAAUCAUUUAACUAAAUACGAAAAAGAUAAAAUUAGAAGAUAUCUCUUAAGUACUGAUGACCUAGAUCGUACAGCCCUUCACUAUGCUACAAAUUACAGAUGUUCAGAUAAUGUUUUGAAACUUUUGGAAAUGGGGGCACCUCUGACUAAGAAAGACAGCUUCGAUUCCACUCCGCUACAUUCUAUAGAACCCAAUGUUUUAGAAAAAUUUUUUGAUAGAUGUAUUGCUCUACCCAAAGACACUAAAGAUCUAGAUAAUAUGCUUUUUGAAUUGAAAAACUACAAAAAAAUGUUUCCUAUUGAGAUUAAUUACGAAGCAUUAAUAGGUGGUAGCGAAAAAAAUGAAGUGAAUGAAUCGGAAUUCCUUUUUUAUCUUAUCAAAAUAGCAAAUUUAACACAUUUGUUAAAUCAUCCUGUAAUUUCGAGUUAUCUAGCAGUAAAGUGGACAAAAUUCAGAUGGGCUGUCUAUAUAAAUUUGCUCUUGUAUCUAAUCGCCUAUGUAUCUCUUUUGUUUUAUGGAUUUGCUUACGAAAAUUAUGCUACCGCUUCAAAUGGUCUUCUCCUGACGUCUUUGUGUUUUAUUUUUACACGUGAGAGUGUUCAGUUGACGCUUUUUCGCACAGAUUAUCUAAAACGAUUAGAUAACAUAGUGGAUUUGUUGCUUAUUGGUGGAGUUAUCUACAUUAUCGCGUCUGGCUGGACAGAAAAUGUGGCACAAGAUGAUUAUAAUUUAAGGGUCGCUUUUUCCGUGGUUUUUCUCACUUCUACUUUAGGAAUUUUUAUGCAGUUAGGAAUUCUUCCUUUUUUCACCAUCAAAGUUAUAAUUCUACGACAAACUUCUAUAAGUUUCUGCAAGUAUAUGGUAUUUUAUAUUUUUCCUGUAUUAGCAUUUUUUUUCUGUUUUUAUAUGUUACGUGACAAUCCUGAUCCGAAAGACAACAUGAAUGAUUUUUUUCACAUACUCUAUGAUGUUAUCACUAUGUUCGCUGGUGAUCCUGACUCAAAUUAUCCUUCCCAGUUUGAAACCAACCCAAUUUUCAGUCACAUUAUCUAUGUUUGUUUCAUCGUUAUAAUUGGAAUUAUACUCCAGAAUCUUCUUAUUGGGUUAGCAGUUAGCGAUUUACAAGAAAUUCAGAAAAAGGCUGAAUUUAUUAGCAAAAAGGAAAUAGCAGAUUACAUUACAAACAUCGAAAGAAUUAUCUUUUCAAACUUGCUUAAAUCGACUAAUAGCAUUUUUCGAAGCAUAUUUAAGAAACUAUUGAGAACGGCUAAUGUAUUUCAGGAUGAUAAAAUUUUAGUGAUUCAGCCUUAUAACGACGGAUGCGUUUACACUCACAAAAAUCCUAAAAGUAAACAAUAUAUAAAGGACCAAGCCAUAAUUGAGUUUUUACAAAAUGUCAUUAAGGAUUUAACUCUCGCCAAAGAUAGAGAAGUUGAAUCGACAUACUCCUUAAAAAUGUUAUACGAAAAGUUGGAAAGAAUAGAAAAUGUUCUUGAAAAACUCGAUGUAAAUAAUUUGUUAAAAAAAUAAAAUACUUUUACAUU